CUUGUUCAGUCAACUUCUAAAUGAACAAGAACGAAGUCGUUCUUUUACGUUCUUUUCUCUGUCAAUUAGAUAUUGUUUAUAGCUUUCCCGAUCUUGUCUCUUUUAGACUUUGGGAUAGAAGAAGGGCCACCAUAGCUUGCUUCUGCUUGAUCCGUGGAUCUAAUAUAGCUGGUUGUUCUUCUAUAUAAUAUGUUGUAGACCUUUACUAUAGUUAAUUGAUUUGUUAUCGGCAAGUUGGGUACACAUUGCUUUCAACCUCCUAAAAUAAUUAGUGAGACUCUGCAGUACUUGAUACACAGCAAUCUUGUUGGGUAUAGCAGUUGAAUUCAUAGUCCGAGUUUUUCCAUACUAAGGUAGUAGAGAGGUUGAAGCGUCAUGGUGAGGUUCUUGUGGGUUUGCAUUGUAGUAGCAUUUUGUUUCAGCAAAUGGGUUGAUGGGUUUGUGCAGUACAGUCAGAGAGGAGAUCCCAAAACUGAAAUUAUAAAUAACACACUGAUGGUAUCGAUAACCCUCAUUCGAGGAGCUGAGGCCAAAGGAGCAGUCUGCUUGGAUGGAACAUUGCCUGCUUAUUAUUUUAACCGUGGACAUGGGUCAGGGGCAAAUAGUUGGGUCGUUCACUUUCAGGGUGGAGGAUGGUGUAGCAACAUCACAGAAUGUGUUGCUCGCACAAAAACUCAGUUUGGAUCAUCAAGAUACAUGUUACCAGAGACGGGGUUCACUGGAAUAUUAAGCUUCAAAGCUGAAGAAAAUCCAGAUUUUUUCAACUGGAAUAGAGUACUGAUUCCCUCUUGUGAUGGUGCUUCUUAUUCUGGGGACAGUGAAAAUAAGGAAGCACAACUACAUUUUAGAGGACAGCGUAUGUGGUUGACUUUCAUGGAAGAGUUGAUGUCAUUGGGCAUGCGCCAUGCCAAGAGGGCUCUUAUUUCUGGUUGUUCUGCUGGCGGUCUGACAUCUAUUUUGCACUGUGAUAAGUUUCGUGGCUUAUUUAAAAAAAGUACUAAAGUGAAGUGCCUGAGUGAUGCUGGAUUUUUCCCUGACGAGGUCGAUAUUUCUGGUGAACCUACAUUCAGAAAUUUUUUUAGUGGUGUAGUAAGCUUGCAGGACUUAUCACAGGGGGUGAAAAAAAAUCUGCCACGCUUUUGUACUAGACACCUUGACCCUACUUCGUGCUUCUUCCCUCAGAACUUAAUCUCCGGAAUCAAAACACCACUAUUUAUACUCAAUUCAGCAUAUGACAUAUAUCAGUUUUACGCCAUUUUAGUUCCGGCAUCAACAGAUCCCAAUGGUUUGUGGGAUAAUUGCAAACUAAACCUUACAAAUUGUUCUCCAUCUCAGUUACAAAUAAUGAAAGGAUACAGGAACCAAAUGCUGAAUCUACUAAAACCAAUCUCCAAGUCUAAACAAAAUGGGAUGUCUGUGACUUCAUGUUAUGCGCACUGUCAAGCUCAGUAUCAAGUGAUGUGGCAUGCUGAUAACUCUACACUUAUUGGAACCAAGACAAUCUCACAAUCUGUCGGAGAUUGGUAUUUUGAUCGGGCAGAAAUUAAGGUGUAUGAUGAAGGUUGCCACUAUUUGGUUCCGCAGUGAGCAACGUUUUAUGAAUUGGCUAAUGCAUUUGGAAUCAGUAGAAGAUUACCAUGAACAAGAAAUACAGAAAUGAAGACUAUAAUAACAUAUUUAAUUAAGGCUGCUGGGAGGCGCAAGAUGCAAUCGGGAAGCAUUUCGCAUUGCUGUACUGCUUUGGUGAAAGCGCUUCAUUUCAUUAUUCUGUAUCCAAUAAAUGAAAACUGAAAUGAUUCUAUACAACAUGAAUGGAAUAAUUGUACGA